AUGACUGUACCCACCCUUGUUCCUGUUCGCAACUGUUACAAUGCCUUCGGCAGCCUCCCUGACAGGUCCAAGAAGCCACACGAGGUCACCUCUGAGGAGAAGCAGGAAAUCUACAGAUGGCACUGCUAUCAGACUAUCGAGAAGAUCAUGCAGUGGGCAGAGGAGGUCCAGACGAGUGAGGCUGGGAGGGGCUUGCAUGGUAUGUACAUCAUGACCAAUGGGCCGGUCAUGGAAUGGGUGCAUGUUGCGAGCAGCAGGGACCUGAUGCUGAACCAGGAACAGAAGUACGUCCAGCAGGUGGUGUUUUCACUUGGAACUUCACCCGUACUAAUCCUUAUAGGGUUGCUUGUUGUGUGA